AUGGACCGCGAGUACGAAUUCUUCAUUACCACUGAGGAGCCUCAUCAACCGGAAGGAGUCGAGCGAGGUCGUAUCCGCCGCUUAGUAAUGAGGAACUUCUUUGAGACAAAGUGGUCUGGUCCUUCGAAUAACUCCUCCAAGCAUCACUCAGCGUCAACUGUGCAAGCGAAGACGAGUUUGAAGUCGAGAUUCAGAUUGCCGAAACCCGGGCAGGAAACUAUUGAUGCGAGAGCCAAGCCAAAGUGUAAGAAAACGCCUAGGCGGCAAAGUCAAGAAGAGGAAGAGAAGAAAGAAAGAAGGCCUGGAACUACGAGAAAAUUGUCAGGGUUGUCGGACGUUUCUCAAUUGGAGGCAAAACGCAGCGCGAGUAGCAGAAGGGCGUCGCCCGCGGGAAGAGAUGCUGUAGAGAUAGGAAAGAGCGAAGAGGAAACUAAGCUGGUGCUAAAUAUCAAUCCAAAUGCGCACCGGUUCGACCCCUUUGACGUGUUGCCUGUGCCGGGCACACCACAACUGGAUAUCCUCUUCAGGCUUUAUAAAUGUGGUUCCCGAGCGAAUUCGAUAGCCAUCAAUGCACGCAACACGUGGUGGUCGUUCAUCUCGCAUGACGCUGGGUUGCUGCAUGCGACCCUAGCUACAUGGGCACUAUACGGCAUGCUAAUUCGCGGAAUGAGUGGCCUGCAUAUUGAUCAGCUGAGGCAUAAGAACGAAGCCAUCAAAGAAAUUAAUACAAAGAUCGGUGACCCUGGCGGAGGGAUAUCGGACGAGCUUGUCGGCACGGUGUCGACGCUUGCGAGCUUCGAAAACCUUCUCGGGGCUUACGAUGCUGCUCAACUGCACAUCGCGGCACUCAAGCGAAUGGUCAAUGCUAGAGGGGGCCUGUUCGCCUUUGGCCACAACGAUGGCUUGAUCAGAGGAAUCCUGUGGGUCGACUUCCAUACCGCAGCAGCCUUUCGCCUGCCACCCAGCUUUCCCCGGAUCCGUCUUGAUCCCGAUACCCCUCCGCUACCUGAGGCGUUGCUAGAGGAGGCAGCAUACACCUCGCCGACCUCCCUCCUCCAACUGUCUGUCGCUUCGAUCGAUUGCUUCAACAUCUUCUACCGGCUUCAUCGUCUCGGGCUGGCCGUCUCUUCACGGUGGAUUCGUAAAGUAAACCGUCUUACCUUUAGCAACCUCUUGUACGAAACUGAGCACACCAUUCUCUCCGUCCCUGAUAAGUCGCGCGACUUCCUCGACUUCGAUCUGGAGCCUCAUGACGAGCACAGCGAAGACUUCGAUGAGAGAGGAAACCUGGCUGACGGCGCAAGCGUGACUGAAGCGUUGCUUGCUGCGACUCAGAUCUUCCUGUAUGCCGCACUGCGUGAGAUGCCGCCGAAAGCCAAGAUCUUCAGUAUUCUGCUUGAGCGGUUACGAGUGGCCCUUGAUCGACCGAAGGUCUCAACGAUCGAAAUUUGGAUCGCGGCGAAGAACUUGAAUACCCUCUUAUGGGUACUCGUGGUCGCAUCGGUGGUGGCGCCUUCUUGGGGUGGGCGAAGUUGGUGGAUUGGCCGAUUGUCCGAUGUCAUUGAAGAAGUGAACAUACGAAGUCAGACAGAGCUUGAGCGCAUAUUAGAGAGAAUAGCAUGGACUGAUGUCGUCUUUGGCGAUGCGUUGGACGGUGUUUGGGACGAGGUCGGUGAAUAUGCGAGAGGAGUGGAAAGGGCCCAGAACUGUCAGGCCAGAGAAAGGAGUACCGAGCCGGAAGAGGAGCUGGUCGCGACGGGCACCGUCGCCCCAAGGCUUCUGGAGGCACACCAGGAGAAGGGGCUGGUUGUUCCGGUGCGGUUCGACAGCGGCAGGUGGAAGGUAAAUGGUUGGUAUGUGUGA